UGAUGUGAUUACAGAGUCACCCCAGUGACACGUUGCCAAAUUCACCAGAAUGAAGGUCUGAGCCUCCCGGGUGGUGAUCUCUGAAAUUGCUCAGUGAGCACCCCUAAUUACGCUGAUUUAUAGCUGAUAAUCACUCACAAUGGAAACCAAUCAAAAAUCCGGGGAUGGACUGGCGGGCAUGCAGAAAGAGACAGCGCUCAGAUCUCUCAUCCAGCGCACAGGAUAUCAUUUGCUUCAGGAGAAUGGACAGAGGAGGUACGGGGGGCCGCCCCCAGGGUGGGAAGGCCCGCCCCCAGAGAGAGGCAGUGAAAUAUUUGUGGGGAAGCUGCCCAGAGACCUCUUUGAAGAUGAGCUGGUGCCACUCUGCGAGAAAUUCGGCAAAAUCUAUGAGGUACGGAUGAUGAUGGACUUCAACGGAAACAAUCGUGGCUAUGCGUUUGUGACCUUCACCACCAAGCAAGAGGCCAAGAAUGCCAUGAAGCAGCUCAAUAAUUAUGAAAUUAGGAACGGGAGGCUUCUGGGAGUGUGUGCCAGCGUGGACAACUGCCGGCUGUUUGUGGGAGGCAUUCCCAAAACGAAGAAGAGGGAGGAGAUCCUGGCGGAGAUGAAGAAGGUGACGGAUGGAGUGGUGGAAGUCAUCGUCUACCCCAGCGCAGCAGACAAGAGCAAGAACAGAGGCUUCGCCUUCGUGGAGUACGAGAGCCAUCGCGCUGCGGCCAUGGCCAGGAGGAAGCUGCUGCCAGGGAGGAUCCAGCUCUGGGGUCAUGCCAUCGCAGUGGACUGGGCGGAGCCCGAGGUGGAGGUGGAUGAGGACACCAUGGCCACAGUGAAAAUCCUCUAUGUGAGAAAUCUCAUGUUAGCCACCACAGAGGAGACCAUCGAGAAGGAGUUCAACAGCAUCAAACCAGGGGCCGUGGAGAGGGUGAAGAAGAUAAGAGACUACGCCUUCGUCCAUUUCACGCAGAGGGAGGACGCCAUAAACGCCAUGAACGCGCUGAAUGGAAAGAUGGUGGAUGGAUCCCCGAUCGAGGUGACGCUUGCCAAGCCCGUGGAUAAGGACAGCUACGUGCGCUACACCCGGGGAACGGGCGGGCGGGGCGGGGCCCUGCUGCAGGGCGAGUACGCUUACACUCUGGGACAGGUGUACGACCCCUCCGCCGCCUACCUGGGCGCGCCGGUCUUCUACGCCCCCCAGGCGUACACCGCCAUCCCAAAUCAGUUCCGCUUCCCCACCGCCAAGAGCCACGUGGGAACCCGAGGGCUGGUACGCACACCGUCGGUCAGAGAAGUUUACAUGAAUGUACCUGUAGGGGCGGCGGGUGUGCGGGGGCUGGGCGGCCGGGGGUACCUUGCCUACGCAGGUGUGGGCCGCGGCUGUGCGGCCUACCAGCUAAAGACAGACAAACGCCCCGAGGACAAGCUGUACGACCUGCUGCCCGGCAUGGAGCUCACGCCCAUGAACCCGGUGACCCUGAAGCCACAGGGCAUCAAACACGCCCCCCAGAUCCUGGAGGACAUCUGCCAAAAGAAUAACUGGGGACAGCCAGUGUACCAGCUGCACUCUGCCAUUGGGCCGGACCAGAGACAGCUCUUCCUCUACAAAGUCACCAUCCCAGCUCUGGCCACCCAGUACCCUAAUGUGCACCCGUUUACACCGGCCAAGCUGUGCACGGCUGUGGACGAGGCCAAGGUCCAUGCUGCUGAGCACGCCCUGCAGAUCCUGGGCCUGCAGACAGAGGGCGCUGAAGCUUCCGCUGUGGCCGCUGCAGUCGCUGCUGCUUUCCCAGGCUACACGAUAGCUAGCACCUCUGCCACAGUGGCUGCCUCCCAGCUCAAACAGGCCGUGUCCCUCGGGCAAGACCUGGCUGCCUACGCCACCUACGAGGGCUACCCGGCAUUCGCCAUGGCGACGCGCGGGGAUGGAUACGGCGUGUUCUGAGACAAAUACGAGCCGCCAUUCCCGUUCUGAAGGGUGUCCCAUUUUAAUUCAGUAUCUGCUUUAGAUUUCCUUUGAUUUCUGCCAAUUCACGUAGUUCUGUAGUGCUUGUCUCAUUCUUUGUUAAGAGACGGCUUGCUAAUCAGUUGAAAUGGAAGUUUAAUUUGUGUUAUGUUUGAGCCCAUGAGUCAGCCUUUGACAUCUCUCAGGAGCAGAGCAAGAUGUUUACAAAACAACAUGCCUUUUUUCUUUCCAUUUUGGUUUAAAUAUAUUUGUGCUUUGUCUCCUUUUGUUUAAUCUUAAUUGUGAACACAGUAUACAUGGUAAGAAGUUCCAUGAAGAAGACUAACAAUUCCAUGGUCUCCAUCGGGCUAAUUAAAAGGCAGCCUUACCUUGCCCAGACCAAACCCCUUUUAGCCUCACUGGUAAAUUGCAUUAAACAUUUAAAUGAGAGAGAAUAGCCACUGACAAAUCUUAAGAGACAAAAAAUUGUUAGAAACUCAUUAGCAUUUCAUCAGUUGAGAGCCAAGACAUUUCGGUAAUGUUUAAUUUCCUGAAAUGUCUUCUAAGAAACUCUGCCUUUCAUUUAUAAUGUCAAAACAUAGAGUGGGGUUAAGGGAUACCAUUUCAUUCCUUGUCUAUGUGCCUUUUGUUUUGUUUUUUCUCUGUGUGCUGGAAGACAUUAGCAGGGGAUGUCUUUUAAAGCAGAAAUAGUACAGAACAGAAUGACCUUGUUUCAACAAGUUCCUUUUUUAUAUUUCCUCAUUCAAUUUUUCCGAACACAAAACAUUUUUUCUAUUUUACAGAUGUUAAUACUGUGUGUGAAGGGAACUAAAGAAUGAGUCAACUAAAAGAUCGGUGUCUAUAGCAAUGGGGGGGAAAGCUUUUAUUUCCUGGCUCUUUUCUGAUGUUUUGCCUUUGGUUCAUGUUCACAUUCCGUUUGGAUGCCUGUUCAGGAGGGUUUUGUGUACGUCUGGUUGAAAAAAAAACUUCAGGUCUGAACACGUAGCUGGUUGUGAAAUGAAAAUAAAGGCCCAAUGGCUUCACAACUAUAUGAAACAUUGCCUAAGCAGUUACAGUGACAGUAUUAAAAGUGUGUGUAGCACUUAGAACUUAUUUUUGUACCAGAAAUGCAACACUAUUUGUAUAGAGUUCUUUUGUUUUGGAUAUUUGAAUAUUUCAAACGUAUCAUUAUUAGUCGGAAAAAAAACAAACAAUAACUGAAUUACCACUGGGGGAUGAAACUUAGAAAAUUGGAAAUGUAAUAAAAAGUAAAUGCAUCAUUGUGCUGAAAAUUGACUAGAACUGCUUGGGUAAUUGCUGUGUGUCACUUAAUUGCUCUCUGAAAUGUCAAUAAAUGUAUAGUAUGCAAAAA